AUCAAGAACCCAUCCCACCGCGCUUCCCUCGUUCCUGGGUUCUGCAAGUCUUCUUGCCCUUCGAUCCUUUAUCUCUCUCUCUCUCUGCGGCUUAAUCGAGACGUUCUCUUCCUUCCGAACUCUUGCUUGUUCACUUCAAUUUGUAUGCAUGCAUGUAUGUGUACAUCUAAAUGUAUGCUUGUUUCUGUUGGAUGGAGUCCAUUUCUUGGCUGAUCGGUUUCGGGAACCCAAACUUUGUUCAGUUGUGCUUUGAAGUGGUCGAUUGCUCAAUUCGGUUAAUCUGUGAGGUUUUGAUCGCUGGUGUGGCCUCAAUUGGAGACAGAGAUGUCUUCUCUGAGCCGAGAACUGAGUUUUCUGAUUACUUCAGUUCUUAGAUAAAGAGAAAUACAAGGAGAUGGCUCGCAAGUGAGGGAUUUCCGAAUUCUUCUUUCCUUGGGUUUUAUCGGCAUUGAUUCCUUCUAACAGGGCUUCGCCCGGGGGGGUGGUUGUUGGUUUCUGGUUUUGUGUUAACGAAGGUUGGAGAAAGAGUCGGGGUUUUUCUUCAACAUGAAGUACUUCGAGGACUCUCUGACUGACGGCAACUGGGACGAGGUGGACAAUUACUUAUCCGCGUUCACCAGGAUGGAUGAUAAUAAGUACUCCGCGAAAAUUUUCUUCGAGAUCCGGAAGCAGAAAUACCUUGAAAUGUUGGACAUGUGCGUGCUGGCUUCAUGUCAUUUGAAUAUGGCAUAUACAUGACUUGGGACCUUUCUCCACUUCCAAUGAAGACCUGUUUAAGGAGAUAACCCUACUUACUGACUCUGAGAAAUUUUAGGGAGAACGAACAACUUUCUAGAUAUGGAGAUGCCAAGUCAGCUAGGGCUGUAAUGCUUGCUGAGUUCAAGAAAGUAAUUGAUGUGAAUCCCCUUUUUUGUGAUAAGCUUCAGUUUCCCACACUAAAGAACUUGAGGGUCAGCACUUUCAUUAAUCCGAGCUUAAAUUGUCAGCACGAACUUUGCAAGCACCCCAAGCCUAACCCUGACAUUAAAACCCCUUUUUGUUAAUCAUUCUUGUGGACAACCAAAUGUUUGUAGUCCCCUAAUGAAUUCUAUGCCUAAAGUAGCUCAUGGUCAAUUUCAGGCUGCACCAGCACCUGUUACGGCAUCUGUAAGAGGAUGGAUGGCCAAUCCUUUUAUCUUGCACCACAUUGCUUCUGUAGGGCCUAUCGGCUUAUUUGCUCUGAAUAGUGCAGGACCAGACUUUGGGGACGAUGAUUGGGCGUGCUCGGAUGAUUGAAGGUCUUUACUACUUUGAUGAUAUCUUUGUUGUGGUUGAUUACUCAAUUUGGUUGAUCUGUGAGGUUUUGAUUGCUGGUGUGGCCUCAAUUGGACAUAGAGAUGUCUUCUCUUAGCCAAGAACUGAUUUUUUUGAUACUUCAGUUCUUAGAUGAGGAAAACUACAAGGAGACGGCUCACAAUUUGGAGAAAGAGUCAGGGAUUUUCUUCAAUGUGAAGUACUUCGAGGACUCUGUGAAUAACGGUGACUGGGACGAGGUGGAGAAAUACUUAUCAGCAUUCACGAAGAUGAAUGAUAAUAGGUACUCCAUGAAAAUUUUCUUCGAGAUUAGCAAGCAGAAAUACCUUGAAACUUUGGAUAGGCAUGAUCUUGCUAAGGCUGCGGAGAUUCUUUUGAAGGACUUGAAGCCUUUCUCCACUUUCAAUGAAGACCUGUUUAAGGACAUGACUCUACUUCUGGCUUUGGGAAAUUUUAGGGAGAACAGGCAACUCUCUGCAUAUGGAGAUGCCAAGUCAGCUAGGGCUGCAAUGCUCACUGAAGUGACAAAAUUAAUUGAGGCCAAUCCCCUGCUUCAUGAUAAGCUUCAGUUCCCCAGACUCAAUAACUCAAGGCUAAGAACUUUGAUCAAUCAAAGCUUAAAUUGGCAGCAUGAACUUUGCAAGCAUCCCAAGCCCAACCCGGACAUAAAAACCCUUUUCAUGGAUCAUUCCUGUCCAGAACCAACUGUUUCUCCUCUAAUGAAUUCCAUGCCUGAAAUAGCCAGUUUCGCACCACUAGGUGCUCAUGGUAAAUUUCAGGGAACAUCAGCUCUUACAGCAUAUCUUGGAGGAUGGAUGGCCAAUGCUUCUUUCCUGCACCAGGAUGUUUCUGCAGGGCCUGUGGGCACAUCUACUCUAAAUAAUGCAGAUCCUGAAAAUGUGCUGACAAGAUCAAGACCUUUUGGAACAUCAGAUGAGGUUCACAACCGCCCUAUUAAUGUUUUACCCGUCAGAUAUCCUACCCAGAGUCCUGCUCAUACCAUGUAUUCUACUGAUGACUUGCCCAAGAUGGUGGUUGCGAAUUUAAAUCAAGGUUCUGUUAUCAAGAGCAUGGAUUUCCAUCCAGUGGAACACAAUUUGCUUCUUGUUGGAACAGAAAUUGGUGAUAUUGCACUAUGGGAGGUUGGUAGCAGGGAGAGGCUUGUUCUUAGAAAUUUCAGGGUUUGGGACAUUGCGAAAUGUUCAGUGGUUUUGCAGGCUGCUUUGGCCAAUGAGCAUACAGCAUCAGUGAACAGAGUAAUGUGGAGUCCUGAUGGCAACCUUUUUGGUGUUGCAUACUCCAAGCACAUUGUGCAUUUAUAUACAUUUCAUGGCAGUGAUGACAUACGGAAUCACCUGGAGAUUGAUGCUCAUACCGGUAAUGUUAAUGAUCUCGCUUUCUCUCAGCCAAAGAAGUGCAUCAUAACUUGUGGGGAGGACAAGACUAUUAAGGUGUGGGAUGCUGCCACUGGUUAUAAAAAGUAUACUAUGGAAGGUCAUCUGUUUCCCGUUUAUUCUGUGUGUCCACAUAACAGAGAAAACAUUCAGUUCAUACUUUCAACGGGCACUGAUGGGAAGAUUAAGGCAUGGCUGUAUGAUAAUUUUGGUUCCAGAGUUGAUUAUGAUGCUCCAGGGCAUACUUGCACAACAAUGGCUUACAGUUCUGAUGGCAUGAGAUUGUUUUCAUGUGGAACUAGUAAAGAAGGAGAAUCAUACAUUGCAGAAUGGAAUGAAAGUGAAGGGAUUGUCAAGCGUACAUAUCAUGGUCUUGCAAAGAAGUCUGUUGGGAUUGUGCAAUUUGAUACAGCAAGAAAUAAAUUUUUGGCCGCUGGUGAUGAAUUUGUAAUCAAAUUCUGGGACAUGGAUGACGUUAACCUGUUGACAACUUCCAAUGCAGAGGGUGGAUUGCCGGCUUCACCGUGCCUUCGGUUUAAUAAAGAAGGAAAACUAUUGGCUGUCUCAACAAGUGAGAAUGGUUUCAAGAUUCUUGCAAAUGCUGAAGCUGUUAGGCGUUUUCAUCCCAUUGGAAGUCAUGCAUUUGAUCCUUCAAGAAUUACUGCUAAGACAGCUGCAAAGACACCCAUAAUUGGCACAUAUGCUACUUCCAGUUCAGCUGCCGCAAAUGUUGGUGUUGCAGAUAGAAAUGCUCAGGCUAUGGCUAUGAUGGUACCUGUAAGCAAGGAAAUCCUGAUUAAUGGGGAAAACCGACCUUUUCCAGGUAUGAAGCCAAGAACUGUGAAUGAGCUAGAACAAUCCAAGAUUUGGAAGCUCUCUGAAAUUGCUGAACCAUCUGAGCUUCAUUCUUUGAGGCUUCCUGAUAAUUUGCAGUCAGUAAGGGUUGCUAGGCUGAUCUAUACAAAUUCAGGACAAGCCAUAUUGGCAUUAUGUUACAAUGCUGUCCACAAAUUCUGGAAAUGGACGAAGAAUGGACAGACCCCGACACGGAAGGCAACUACCAGUGUGCUACCACAUUUAUGGCAACCUUCUAGUACAAUAUCAAUGACAAAUGAUAUAAGUGAUACCAACCUUGAAGAUGCCGUUCCAUGCUUUGCACUUUCGAAGAAUGAUUCUUACGUUGUAUCUACAUCAGGAGGGAAAAUUUCCCUGUUUAAUGUUGUGAUGUUGUUUGAGGUGGUGACAUCAUUCUUGCCACCUCCACCUGCUGCAACAUUCAUCGCCUUCCAUCCACAGGACAAUAACAUUAUUGUGAUUGGCAUGGAGGACUCCUCUAUACAAAUCUACAAUAUUCGGACUUAUGAGGUUAAAAGAAAGCUCAGAGGACAUCACAGGAUGGUAACUGGUCUGGCCUUCUCAACGGUUCUAAACAUUCUUGUAUCAUCUGGCGCAGAUGCUCAGCUAUGUGUUUGGAACUUGGAUGGAUGGAAGAAACAGGCUUGUAAAUUCUUGCAAAUACCGUCUGAAAGGAUGCCAGCUCCUGUUGCACAGACUCGUGUCCAAUUUCAUCAAAAUCAGGUUCACGUUUUGGUUGCCCAUAAAACUCAUUUAGCAAUAUACGAGGCAGUAAAGCUCGAAUGUCUUAAGAAGUGGGUACCCGGUGAGCGGAGUGGUUCAAUCACAGAUGCUGCAUAUUCAUGUGAUAGUCGAUCAGUAUAUGUAGGCUUUGAAGAUGGAAGCAUAAAUGUCCUAACUGCAACACUCAAGCUGAAGUGUCGAAUUGACCCGAAUGCUUACUUACCUUCAAGUCCCUGCCCGAGGGCAUACCCCCUUGUUAUUGCGGCUCACCCCUCUUUACCUAAUCAAUUUGCCUUGGGACUUACUGAUGGUGGAGUUCAUGUUCUUGAGCCCCUGAAAACUGUUGGGAAAUGGGGUACUUCUCCACCCCCUGAGAAUGGUGCAGGGCCUUCCACUGCUCCUGUUGCAGCUGCUUCAGACCAGCCAUCCAAGUAACUUCAGUUGCCUGGUACCAUUCAAUAAUUUCUUUUGGAAGAGGAGAUGGAGGUAUAUGGAUGGAAUUGUCUAUGAACUUGGAAGCUGAUGCGAGCUGUCGCGUCUAGUACUUGUUAUGGUCCUUUGCUUUCCGGUUGCACAAUUAAUGUGGCACUUAUUCAUGUGAAAUGUUCAUGUGAAUGCUGUCGGAGAUCUAUAUAUAUAUAUAUGGAAGGAAUAUUGAAAUAUAUAGCA